AAUAAUAUCAUCAUCUACAUCUCUCACAGCAAAAACCUUGAGUUCUUCACAACUUUCUUUUCCUUUGCUCAUAUAUAUAUUCAGCUAUCAUUCUCCUAAAAAAUCAUGGGUCUCCAGAAGCACGAACAAGAAAUUACCUCCACUCUGUCAGCAGAGAAAAUAUUCAAUGGCUUGAUCGUUGAUGUUGAUGCCAUUUUCCCCAAGGCCGCUCCCGGAGCCUACAAAAAUGUCAACAUCAAAGGUGAUGGUGGAGUUGGAACCAUCAAACACAUCACUCUUCCUGAUGGCAGCCCAGUUACAACAAUGACCCUUAGAACUGAUGCCCUGGACAAGGAGGCAUGCACAGUCGAAUACAGCAUCAUCGAUGGAGACGUUCUGUUGGGACUCAUUGACAAAGUUGAAACUCAUCUUGUCGUUGUGCCAAAUGCUGACGGAGGGAGCACCACCAAGACUACCACCAUAUUCCACACCAAAGGUGAUGCUGUCGUCCCAGAAGAGAACAUUAAGUAUUCCGAGGAGCAGAACACAUUGGUAUUCAAGGCUAUUGAGGCCUAUCUCAUUGCAAAUUAAUCACGUCUAUGUGUGUGAGUGUGAGUGUGUGAGUGUGUGAUUUCUAUAACUCUCUGGUGUAUGUUAAUUGUGUGACAACUACUUUUAUGUUGCUGGACAAGUGAGAUCCAGUACUUCUGUUUGUUUGCUGAAUCCAAUAAAAUGAGACUCGAAUAAAAUGUGAGUCAGCUA